AUGCAAAGCGUUAAAGAUCAGGUUCGCCAGUCGGGAGGGGAGUUGAAGGAAGGGAUGUUAAGGGAGGGUGUAGAGAGGCUGACAGAGGUUCUGAGACAAGACUCGGAGCGGCGGAAGAGGGAGAUACAGCAGGCGGAGGAUCGGCGGCAGAAGGAGGAGGCAAAAAGGAAGGAAGCAGAGGCUGCCGAGCGGCUGAAGAAGGAGAAACAGCGGGAGGAUGAGCGUAGGCAGAAAGAGGAGGCGAGCAAAAAGGUAGCUGAACAUUCCGAGAAACGGAAGAAGGAGAAACAGCAGGAGGAGGAGCGUCGGCAGAAGGCGACGAGAGAGGGGAUGAAGGAGAUGACGGAGUUGAUGAAGGUGAUGAAGGAGAUGAAGGCGGGUUUGAAGGAGACAAAGGAUGGGAUGGUAAAGCAGGUGGUAGAGGGGUUAACAGCGGUUCUGGCAGAGGACUCCGAGCGGCAAAGGAUUGAGAGACAAAAGGAGGAAGAGGAGAAGAGGAAGGAAGCAGAGGCUACAGAGCGGCGGAGGAAGAAGAAACAGCUGGACGAAGAGCGGCGGCAGAAGGAGGUGGAAGAGGGAAUAAAGGAGAUGAUGGAGGCUGUAAAGGAGAUGAAGUCGGGGAUGAAGGAGUUGAAGGAGGGGAUGCUAAUUGAGGUAGAAAAGAGGUUGUCAGUGGUUCUGAGAGUGGACGCCGAGCGGCUGAAGAGGGAGAAACAUGAGGAGGAGGAGCAGUGGCAAAAGGAGGAGGAGCAGAGUAAGAAGGCAAAGGAGGCCGACCAGCUGCAGAGGGAGAAACAGCAAGAGGUGGAGCGGCUACAGAAGGAUGAGGCGCAGAGGAAGGAGGCAGAGGAGGCCGAUCGGCAGCAGAGGGAGAAACAUCAGGAGAAAGACCGCCUGCAGAAGGAGGAGGCGCAGAGGAAGGAGGCAGAGGAGGCAGACCGGCAGCAGAGGGAGAAACAGCAAGAGAAGGAGGAGGCGCAGAGGAAGGAGGCAGAGGAGGCAGACCGGCAGCAGAGGGAGAAACAGGAGGAGAUGGAGCGCCUGCAGAAGGAGGAUGCGCAGAGGAAGGAGGCAGUGGAGGCAGACCGGCAGCAGAGGGAGAAACAGCAGGAGAUGGAGCGCCUGCAGAAGGAGGAGGCGCAGAGGAAGGAGGCAGAGGAGGCAGACCGGCAGCAGAGGGAGAAACAGCAGGAGAUGGAGCGCCUGCAGAAGGAGGAGGCGCAGAGGAAGGAGGCAGAGGAGGCAAACCGGCAGCAGAGGGAGAAACAGCAGGAGAUGGAGCGCCUGCAGAAGGAGGAGGCGCAGAGGAAGGAGGCAGAGGAGGCAGACCGGCAGCAGAGGGAGAAACAGCAGGAGCUGGAGCGCCUGCAGAAGGAGGAGGCUCAGAGGAAGGAGGCAGAGGAGGUCGAGCGGCAGCAGAGGGCGAAACAGCAGGAGGAAGAGCAGCGGCAGAAGGAGGCAGAGGAUGCCGAGCGGGAGCAGAAGCGACGAUUGGAGGAGGAACGCGUGCAAGAGCAGCGUCGAGCAGAGAAGAGGGCCAGACUUGCAUCCUACGCGGAAAAGCAGCGGCUUCUGGAGGCAAAGGCAAAGGCUAUGGCGGAAGAGACGGAACGUUUGGCAUGGGAGAUGGAGGAGGAGGAUUCGACCAUAUUCUCACUCGUUCAGACCAACACGGCUGCUCAUUGGCAGCAGCUGAGGGAUGGCUUUCAGGUUGCUGUCUGCGCUGCUGUUGGAAUAACUGCAUGGCAGAAGAUCGUGGGAGGCGUGGAGGGUGAAAACGGUUAUUCGACAGAAGAACACGCAGUCGGCCUUGCCGCCACGUUGUCUGUACUGUGGGAUGCCUCCACGAAUAUAGACCGAACCCAGUGGCUGACGGGCGCAUCAUCUGCUGCGCAAAAAACUUCUACGGCCCUCGCAACUUCUGCUGCCAACUCGGUCUCUGCUGCCAACGCCUCGUCUGCUGCCUCGUCAUCUUCUGCUGGAGCCGAAUCCUCUGCCGUCCUCGAUGCCCUUGCGUCGCUUGCAGCCUCGAUUGCUUGCGUUGCAGUUGAGGCGAUGAGGUCGGUCGAGGAUCAGGAGCAUGACAAGGAAGCGUGGAUUCUGCCCCUGUCGGAUGCGCUGCUGAAAGCGCUUCCGGCAGAGUCGCGCACGUGCGGGGAUACGAAGCGGAUGACGAGGGUGGUGGCAAAGGUGGUGACCUCUUGGUGCCUAUGCAGCAUGGCAUCAAGAGGCCUUCGCCAGCACCAGGGCGUCAGCCUCAGAGUCCUGCAGAAGAAAUUGGGCAGCCGGGACACUACAACCGGGGCGGAUAAGGAGAAGAAGGCCAAGAAGUUGUCCGCGAAGGGGAACGCGACGAAGGGGGCGUCGACGGAGGAGAACACCAGCACCGGCGGGCAGGAGUGA